AUGGCGCGUCUGCCGGUCAUUGUAGGAUCUUUUAUAUUCACAGCUAUCAUGUUUGUGUUCUUCACAGGAACGGCUCCAACGAUAUCUCACAUAGAAAUCCCGCAGGCAAACCCAGGCAACGUUCAUCUUCUCAUACCAGCAUCAGGCAAGGACGAGAAUCUCUGUAAAGCCAUUGUUGGUGCUGCUAUCCUUGGCUAUCCAUCACCCAAGGUCCUCAACUGGGGAAAAACAUUCAAUGACGAACAUCUCGUCUCCGGAGGCUCCCACAUCGCAAAAAUUAGCGGUGUCUCAUCAUAUCUGGAGAGUCUUUCACCAGAGCAGGAUGAUGAUCUGAUCAUUAUGACGGACGGCUACGACACCUGGUUCCAACUCAGACCCGAGACACUCAUCCAACGCUACUUUGAUAUCAACCGACGAGCCAAUGAACGCAUUCGUCGCGAGCUGGGAGAUCAUGUCGCCGACAUCAACAGAAUCGAGCAGAAGAUUGUAUUCUCUGCACAGAAGAGAUGCUGGCCAUGGGCUGCCGACGCACCACCUUGUUACGCCGUCCCUAAUUCGACUCUUCCUGAAGACAUCUUUGGACCAGACACGGACACAGAUGUACACGACCAAAACCCAUACCUCAAGUUCCGCCCUCGCUACCUCAACUCAGGAGUCGUCGUAGGUACAGCGGGAGCGAUGCGUCUGCUCUUCGCCGAAGCUGUUGUUCGCGCAAAAAAAGAUCCCAACUUUGGUAGCGACCAGAACAUCUUCGGUUCCAUCUUCGGUGAUCAGGAGGUAUACCGUGAGGUUUUGCGACAGAGAGAUCAGUCCUGGUUUGGCCGCCAACACAGUCUUCGCAGCGACGAUCCUCGCAGAGACCUUUUCCACGAAAACGACCUCGAAGCUGUGAGAAACAUGACCCGCAGUUUGGAGUUCGGCAUCGGUCUCGACUACGAAGGCGCAAUCUCCCUUCCUACCGUUUUCUCCGAGGACGACACUGAGUGGGUCAACUUUGACAACAAGAUCUGGAUCGACUUUUUCAACUACAAACGCGACAUUGACGACGAACACAACAAACUCGUCAUCGCUCAAGAUAUUGCAAACACAGCUGUGCCUCUUCAGAGCAAUGGCACAGAUGGUCUCGAACUCAAGAACUGGUCUCAAGUGCCCCUCUUCACAAACGUACCCACUGGCUUCACACCAGCCAUCAUCCACCACAAUGCUCACCGUGACGGCAUGAAGAACCUGCGAACAAAGGUCUGGGACAAGAUCUGGUUCCAACCCUAUGCUCGCGUACUCAUGGAUCAGUAUAUGGACACCCCGCUCACGGCUCUGGCAGUCGCAGGCGGCAGAGAAUGGAGAAGCAGUGAUGAGUGGAAGGGUGGAGCCAGAGACGAUGUCGGCCAAUGGUUGCCAUACCAGGAUGUUUGCGGCGGCACUGAAACCGAAGUGUUCAGGGAUGGCAAGGGUCCUUGGAUGGCGAGUCGGCAUGUUUGA